AGAUUCAUCAAGAGGAAUGUCAGCCUCGGGAUGUAACCCUGCUUUUGAUUGGCCAAAGCAAGUCACGUGAUCAUUUCCCAAGCGGAGUUUCCACGACAGCUGGAAGCCGAGCGGCACAGGCGCAUCGCUUCUUUGCUAAAUUAUUGGAAAUAACACGACUUCUGCUCGUCUCAGCACCUCCAGAUAAACCCUGGUCUGGCAUGGGCGACAAGAGGAGUCCCACAAGGCCGAAGCGUCAACCGAAGCCCUCCUCCGACGAGGGGUUUUGGGACUGCAGCGUGUGCACGUACAAGAACACAGCAGAGGCUUUUAAGUGCAUGAUGUGUGAUGUCAGGAAGGGGACGUCAACAAGGAAGCCUCGUCCCGUCUCCCAGCUCGUCUCGCAGCAGCAGGUAACGCAGCAGUUUGUGUUGCCCUUGCAGCCCAAAAAGGAGAAGAAGGAGAGAGUAGAGAGGGAGAAGAGCGACAGAGAGCCAGCGCUCAAGAAGAACAGUCACAAGAAGAUGAGGCCGAGGUUAAAAAACAUUGACCGGAGCAGCGCCCAGCACCUGGAGGUGACGGUUGGGGACCUGACAGUCAUCAUAACGGACUUUAAGGAGAAGGCCAAGCCCUCGUCCACCUCGGCUACGGCAUCCAGCACCACGUCUACGGCCGAGCACCACAGCCAGAACGGCUCCAGCUCAGAGAACACAGAGAAGGGGCUUUCCCGCUCCUCCUCUCCCAGAGGAGAGGGGAGCUCGGUCAAUGGAGAGUCUCACUGAGUCACCCCAAAUCCCCAUUGCCCUCCAACCCCAUCUCAUCUGCAAGCCCACAGGUCCCUUGUGGGAUAUCCUUGCCUCUACUUUAUAGCUGCACAUUAUUGACUAAAACAGCUUUGCUUUCUUUUUCUCUUUCUUUUGGAUAUUGAAAUUUCAGUAGGAAUUGUGACCAACUAACAGAUAAAGCGAAUUUAAAUCCAUUUCAAGAUUCUCCACAGCAGUGGAAUUCUACAUUUAGAAAGCAAUAUAAAAAAGACCUUUUACUCCAUCUUGGAAGUUUUUAGUGACCUACAUUUUCACUUGGACAUUUAGUGUAACCGGAAGGAUCCCGCACGCUAUCCAAACCUUGCUACAAGAGCAUUUGCUAAGACAAUUUUAUUCUGAAGAAGAACUUCCUCAGAACAGAUCUGAGAUGUCUGAAUAAAUGUUUGGAGAAGCUUAAUGACCCUGUGCGGUUUCUUUCAGAUGCACCAGCCUGUCCAGGUGGGGGUUUUUCUUUUGUUUUUUAUACUUUUGGUAAAUGAAAUGUGCAGCCCCACCCUUGACAUUACCUUCAGCUGCCGGCAGAGUGACCUAUUCUUCCCACAUGUGGAAUAUUCAGCCUCUGUCUGGAAUCUUUACCUACCUGUUAUAAACCUGAACCGUCUAUUACGCACUCUCGGUGCCCCUACACUGAAUCUUCAACCUCUCAGCAAACCUUUGCUCCUGCACUCGAUUACUCCAAGCUUUUACUUGUGGACUGCCUCUGCUGUGGAGUGACUUUUGACAUAGCACAGCGGCUGUACUCUGACUGGCACCAUUUGGUGUUUUUGGGUAAUGUUUGGAGCAGGUUGUUUAGUUCAGGUAAUGCUCGUUGUGUCCAUAUAAAGGACAUUGGGCAGGUUUUGAUAAAUAGCCCUCUUUUAAAUGGUGCGGGAACAUAUGGUUUAUGAUUUUAAAAGGAAAAUGCCGGUGUUUUUUGUUUUCAGUUUGUGCCAUUAAACCACGUUGAUCCUUUUUUUUUGGUUUGCACAUAGUCGUGUCAUGUUGAAGACAAAAUCUAUCUUCUACCUUUGCAGCCCUUCAUUUUGUAUCACUAACCUGCAUUAAGUGAUAUUUUUGAUGUGUUAAAAGCUAAAUAUAUUGAGAAGUAGCAAUUAGCAACCCCCCGGGGCAGAAAAACGCGGAAGUGUCAAAAACCGCAGUCCCUCAAAUGACCACUUGAGGCUGGCUCCAAAAGGGAAUCAAUCCCUAUAGAUCAGUGACUGUAAAAAUAAUUUAGACCCCUGUGUGAAAUGGUUUAAUCUCUAUUCCCUUUUUUGAUUCAUGAAUCUUUAUAUAACUGGUCCAUUUAAAUUAUAUUCGGGCUUAAAGUAUGCAUAAUUAAGGGCGUAGGCUGCUUUGAGUGACAGGUGGGUGCCAUCACAGGUGGCUAGCUCAGCAACCAGGCUUCUUCAGCCCGCCUCAGCUCCACCUCUUGCCUAUUUUUUGGAUUAUCCGGCAGCAGGCAGAGUCAGGCAGUGCCAAGAUGGCGACGGCCCGAGCUGCCCACACUGAGCUUCACAAUGGCUCUUCAAGAAUCUAUGGGUGAUGUCACAGACGCUAUGUCCAUGUUUUAUACACUCUAUGGUUUUGACCCUCACAUAGACCAACCAUAAACUACCAGCUCAGACAAGCUGUUAACGCCAUCUGGCCAGCAUGAGAUCACAUAAGAUUAAAGUUUUUGGAAACGAAAGUCUUUAGAUGAGUCAAAAUUGUGUUAUGUUGGUCAGAAGACCAGAAACACUGAUCCAAAGGGAUUUUUUAAAUUUUGCUGUCUGCUAGAUAUGCAAGUAGGCAAUACGUCACAAAGAUAUUAGUCACAACAGCUCAAAUCUGUCUCUCAGGGCUUUGUUUCUUUGACUUGAUUCUGCACUCUUGCUGUACCCUCAUGCAAUCAAAACGAUCACUUAAUGCAACUUUAAUAAUUACCUAAGCUUUGUAAUAAUGUUCAGUCAUACUUCACCUGUCACAUUUUAAGUACAUGAUGGACGUGGCUCCCACAGAAUUUUAUAUAUAUAUAUAUAUAUAUAUAUAUAUAUAUAUAUAUAUAUAUAUAUAUAUAUAUAUACGCAAAUACAGUUCUUCAUAUAUCAUAGUUCUGCUUGCAUUCGGCAUGCUUAUUUGCUCAACCAAGAGCUCAUUUCAAGCUUGUUUCAGAGAUGGAAAUAAAAGAAGCGCUGAUUUUAAAAUGUCAACUAAAUGUAGAUGUUAGUUAAGGCACUCUUGUUUUAAAUGACACCGGUAUUCUCCUUUUAGUCUCUGCUGCACAAACAGGGUUGCACCUGCUCAGCGUCACAGUGGAAAACCAGAGGGUGCUCACGCUGUUCCGCCCCCACUGUGAGCCCAGUGUGGAGACUGCAUGGUGCUUCUACAACAGAAAAGGAGCAUUGACUUCUGGACAUGCACAGUUAUCAGCUGCAUAAGGUGAUGGCCUGCGGUAUGAUGGACUUCAUAAACUGUUUAAAUUCCUCCAUUUUGACGUAGCAAAGUGGGGGAGCUUUAGAAUAUACUAAACCCCCAGCAGAACAAUUAUAGAUCAACCUAACUACACAAUAAUGUAUGAAACCUGUAGAAUACUACACAGAUAAAAUGGAUAUUUCUAAAAUAUUGUACUACAAUGUUUUGAUGUGGUUGUAUUAUCCAUCAUAGCAGUGUUAUUGUCGAGAUUUUUACUUUAACAUUUUAGCACAGAUCCUGAGAACUGUCAUGGCAUGAUAAUAUUAUGGUCUCGGUAUAUUGUGGGACAGGCUACGUCUCUUAGUUUGUUAGCAUUGUUAUAUGUGUCAGUUCUCACAUGGUUCGCCACACUAGCUGGGACUAGCUGGGUGGACCCGUGAGAAAUGUUCGAAUGGACGUUUGUUAUUUGGUUGUGGCAAAAAUGGAAAGACACUUAAAAAUACGUUGGUUGUCACCUGUUGAUAUUUUUUUGUUUUGCUUUGCCAUGCUCAGUUGUUUUAAAAUGUGUGAGCUUGUUUAUUACAUGUCUGAAUAAGAAAAAUUCAAACAAAAGAAAUCAUUUUUACUUUUUGUAAGAUGUCACUUUCAUACGUAUGCAUGCAUUGUUUACACUUUUGGGUUGUCACUGGUUUGCUAAUCUAGGCUUUUUCUAAGAGUGUUUUUGCUGUUGUGUUUUCAGCUCCAUCUGGUGAACGACUUAACUGCUACUACUAGGCGUACAGAGAUCAGGCCCAUAAUGCAACUUUGCAUUUGUUGAAAUUGGUGAAAAACCAUGUAAUGGUUAAGUCAUAAUAUAGGCAUACAGUAGUUAUGAGCAUAAGGUAUGGGUUACACACUAAUUAGUCAACCACUACAGUCAAUAACCUAAUCUUCCUACACUAAAUGAAAAUGCAGUUGACAGUCAUGUCUGUUCUAGUGGAGCCACAUCAAUAAAGACGAAUAAAGCCAUGAA